AUGUCUGUGCCCCAAAUCCAAAUAGAAGAAGUGGGUGGGGAAGAAGGGCCAGCAGGAGCAGAUCUGCCCUCGGAUGACCACCUCCGGAGCCUGAAGGCUCUCACUGAGAAAUUGAGAUUGGAGACUCGCAGGCCCUCCUACCUAGAGUGGCAGGCCAAGUUGGAAGAACAGACAUGGACUUUCCCCAGACCAGCUGCCCAGGAGGCCAGCCCGGAACAAAGGCAAUGUGCAGAGGAGUCCUUACACCCCAGGCCAGAUCCUCCACCUAAUGGGAGAGCCAGCCAGGACCAGGGACCCCUUGCCACUGGCAAGUUGGAAGGCUUUGAAAGUAUCGAUGCAGCUAUAAGCUGGCUUAAGAAGGAACUGACAGAGAUGCGACUACAGGACCAGCAGUUGGCAAGACAGCUCAUGCGCCUGCGCAGUGACAUCAACAAGCUGAAGAUCGAGCAGACCUGCCACCUCCACAGGAGAAUGCUCAAUGACGCCACCUAUGAGCUGGAGGAGCGGGACGAGUUGUCUGACCUCUUCUGUGAUUCCCCUCUCUCCUCCUAUUUCAGUCUUUCCACUCCACUCAAACUCAUUGGUGUCACCAAAAUGAACAUCAACUCCCGAAGAUUCUCUCUCUGCUAA